GGGUGGGCCGGGGGCCCAACACCCCAGGAUUAGGGUUUGGGUACGGUGAGUUCUAGAAAAUGUGCCCGUCCGUGGGUGGUCGCUGCCUCGAUCCGUUGCUUUGGCGCCCUCGACCACGACUCUGGUUGCCGUUGCCACGCCCUUGUCCGCGUCCAAAGCCACCACGCUGCCGGGAGGAGGAACCAUCACCAUAAUUGCUGCCAAAAAAUGUCCCCCACUGCCGGAGUUGCUGCCGUGAGGAGAGCCGCGCCCGCCAAUCCCGCCGUGCUGUCCGCCUGCGUAGGUGCUGCCGCCAUGGCCCGUCAGCAGCGCCGUGCUGCUGUUGCUGCCCAGGAGGGUCCGUUGUCGGUCAAGGAGGAGGGCCGACCGGACCUGGAGGAAACUCGGCAUGGGAUCUUGAAAUUGAAGGAACGAGAAUUGGUGCUCGAGGUGCAUGGCGCGAGCAUGCUUGUUGUCGUGAAACAGAUCAUGAAUCAUCUUCCGGAGAGCAGAGGCAGAGGAGGCGGAGGUCAGAACCAGAUCAGAGACUUCAUCAGUAAUAGUGGAAAGAAUCCAGCCUUGGAGAAUGGCGUCAACGAAGCUGCUUCGCUUAUUUUAUGGGAUAAGGAAUGUUCAGAGCUUCUUAGAAUGCCAGCAGGUGCCAUGAAGAGCAGGAUGGACGAGAGAAAUGAUGAUCCAAGCAACAUUCCGAAGGAGAUUAGAGACAUUGUUGAUAUGCGGGCUUUAUUUUGCGUAUACGUCAAAGACGCUAUGGAAAACAAUUCCUAUGUCGGUGGCAAAAGUUUUGGAGUUUCGGAUCUUAUAACAGAUAAAACUAUCAUAUCACGAUAUGAAACGAUGGAUUUGGAUGAUCAAUUUGAACAAGCCCUUAUAGAACAUGAGAAGAAUGGAGAUGCUUUAGAAAUGCUGCAAUCAAUGAUUCAUGAUAGUGGUUAUGAUCAAUCAUUUGAAUUUAGCAAAUGGAUUGAAAGUAUUGGUGACGGGAACGCAGGUGAUGAACAUGACGGCUAUGCUGAGGUGAUAAUUGCUGAUGACAUGUUACUUCCGUCUUCUAAAGAUCCAAUAGCCACUAUAGUGAAUUCAACUUAUCCAGACUUUCGAAAAAUAGCCAAUGAACUGAGCUACUUGCAGGAGCGCGAAAUUUUGGCUCCUACAUUGGAUGUCGUCGAUUCCAUAAAUGAAUAUAUGACAGCGAUGAAUCCAAGCAGCGAGACUCGAACAUACCUUAGUUCUGAUAAGAUAAAAUUAAAAAUGGGCCCUUAUAUUUCAGAGGCCCUGUGCAAAAGAAUUGCCAUGGGAGCUUCCGGAAAUUGGAUCAAAUCUCUGAUCAAUCUCAAGAAAUCCCAGUCCAAACACGCCACUGCGAAGGAGGGAGGGACUUGCAGAGUGUGGAAGCUCUGGAGGAGCGGAUCCGGCGGCGGCGGAGGCGGCCGGGCGGGGAAAUCGGAGAAGUACGUGGAGGAUUCGGAGGGAUCCAUAUCUUCCUUCGUCUCGGACAGCGCUUUGGCGGCAGCCAUGGCAACCGUAGUUAGGGCUCCGCACAAGGAAUUCGUCCUGAUGAAGCAGGAAUGGGCCGCGAUCCGGAUCCAGACCGCAUUUCGCGGAUUUCUGGCGAGACAGGCGUUGAGGGCACUGCGAGGAGUGGUGAGAAUUCAGGCGAUAUUUCGGGGGAGGCAGGUGAGAAAGCAAGCGGCGGUGACCCUAAGGUGUAUGCAGGCGCUUGUUCGGGCUCAAGCUCGGGUUAAAGCUCAAUCUUCCUCUCAAACCAAUGCCGAUCCGAUCAAACAACCAUCCGAUGAGAAGGGGUGGAUUGAUAGCCCGGUGACAGUAGAGGAAGCGAGAAAGAGGUUGCAGAAGAAGCAAGAAGGUGCCAUGAAGAGGGAGAGAGCUAUUGCUUAUGCCAAUGCAAAACUGCAAACAAGAACCAAUGUAAGCCCUUCAAACCCAAGAGGCACAAGAAAGGUGGAGAAGAGUGAGGAAGGGGAGAACAGCUGGCUGGACCGUUGGGUGGCAACUAAGCCAUGGGAGUGCAGCACAAAUCUUGAACACCACAAUAGCAACAGCAAUUUCUCUGGUGUGAAGAUAAAGAGGAACAACAUUUCCACCAGAAUUACAGCGCCACCCGCGACAACGACAACAACAACAACAACAAGCCAGUGUUCUUCUUCAUGGUACCUGGGUAACAACAACAGUGACAGCCCGACAAGCAGUCCUUCGCCAAUGUCGCCUUCCAGCAACGACAACAACAGCAGCAGCAUACCGAACUACAUGAUUCCCACAGAGUCGAUCAAGGCAAAGUUCAAAAAACAGCAGAGAAGGUCAUGUAACAAUGGUGGUGGUGGUGGUGGCGGUGAUGAUAGAAGCAGCAGCAGCAUCCAGAGGAAUUCGUCUGAGGAUUUUCGGUCAUGCGGGAGGAAAUGGAGCCCGCUUCGCCCUCGAACGGCGACGAGGGCAACUGCUGCUUCAGAUAAUGUCAAGAAUUUGUGCAAGGAUCUAUACCCACCUAUGCAGCAGCAGCAGCAGGCAGUGAGAUGAUCAUCAUCAUCUUCAUGAAGAAUUUUCAACAAAAAAAACUUACUGGUUUUUUUUGUUGUGUGUGAAAAUUUUAAAUGUUUGCUGGUGUCAACAUCUUGUUGUUGUGUGUAGAAACUGAUGAUUAAAAGAUUGAGCAGCAUACAUAUAUGUAAUAUGUCAUUACUUGAUACUAGGAGCUAGCUUGAUUUGUAAUGACUGUAAUGAGUGUUGGGACUUGAUUGUUACCAUAUAUAUGUUUUUACAAGUUUUCUUUGUUCAUAUUAUUGAAUUUUUCUAAGAUCUAUGCAACUCUAUAUUUUUGAACCCUAAGAUUGAAAGAAAUGUAUUCUAUUGUG